AUGGCCGGAGACCAACCUUCCGAACAGCCCAAGGCUAAGCCUGCGGCAUCAGAAUCUGACAACAUAGAACGCUUUGCUGAACACGUCAACGAGCGCAAGAGAAGGCGUAACCUGUGGGGUCAGUACGUGGACGAGCAGUCACGCAAGAAAAGUGACAGAGAGAAGCCUGUUCAUACACCAGAUCCUUCUGAGUCUACCAACUCGAAGGGAACGCAGACUGAUGAUGCGCCGUAUGCUAAAGAGCCGGACGUUGAUGGCGCCACGGGAGUCGAUGACAAGGACGUGGAAGGAGAGGGCGUGAAGCUGGCGAACAAGGGUGGACAUGAAGAUGGGUUUGUUAAGACGCCAUGUACUGGUGGUGCGUCGGGGGAGCGGGAUAACAUGGAUUUAUAUGAGCCGUAA